GGUCGGCUGCUUCAUCUAGGCGAUCAAAGCAUGGAAGAUCAUAAGACGAGCCUCGGCGCCGCGACGGCGAGCCCCCUACGCGAGCCUCUUCUCCCGCCGGGGAAACGGGUCGAUUGCACCGUCGACGAUGAUCUCGAGGCGCACCUCCCUCCUUACCGCGCCGCCGGCGCUUCUUUCUCCAAGACGUGCCUUAACCUCACCAACGCCGUCUCAGGCAUCGGGGUACUGUCCAUGCCGUACGCGGUGUCGCAGGGCGGGUGGCUCAGCCUGGUGCUCUUCGCCGUCGUCGGCGCCGUCUGCUACUACACCGGCACCCUCAUCGAGCGCUGCAUGCGCGCCGACACCUCCAUCGCCACCUACCCCGACGUGGGCCGGCUCGCCUUCGGGGCCGCGGGCCAGAGAACCGUCGCCGCCUUCAUGUACGUGGAGCUCUACCUCGUCGCCAUCAGCUUCCUGGUCCUCGAGGGCGACAACCUCGACAAGCUCUUCCCCGGCACCAGCGUCGAGCUCUUCGGUUGCUACCGGCUGCACGGGAAGCAGCUCUUCAUAGUCCUCGCGGGCGCCGUCAUACUGCCCACGACCUGGCUCAGGAACCUCAGCAUGCUCGCCUACGUGUCCGCGCUCGGGCUCGUCGCGUCGGCGGCCUUGACGGCGUCGUUGGUCUGGGCCGGCGUCUCCGAACCCGCCUUCCGCGGUAGGAACGGCAACGUCCUCAACCUCGCCGGCCUGCCAACCUCCCUCGGCCUCUACUUCGUCUGCUUCACCGGCCACGCCGUCUUCCCGACGAUAUACUCGUCCAUGAAGAACACCAGGCGUUUCUCCCAAGUUCUGCUCUUCUCCUCGGUGCUCUGCAGCCUGAACUACGGAGUCACGGCAGUGCUGGGCUACCUGAUAUACGGAGACGACGUUCAGUCGCAGGUGACGCUGAACCUGCCGUCGGGGAGGCUGUAUACCAAGAUCGCCAUCGCCAUGACCCUGAUAAACCCACUAGCGAAGUACGCGCUGCUCGUCGCGCCAAUCACGUCGGCGAUCGAGGAGAGGUUCUCGCUUGCGGGCAGUGGGCCGGCGAGGGUGGCCAUCGGCACCACCGUUCUAGUGAGCACGGUGGCGAUGGCGUCCGUGCUGCCCUUCUUCGGGUACCUCAUGUCCUUCAUCGGCUCCUUCCUCAGCGUCAUGGCCACGGUCAUGUUCCCCUGCCUCUGCUACCUCAAGAUCUACAAGGCCCAAGGCAUACGCCGUGCCGAGGUCGCGGCGAUCGUCGGCAUCCUGCUGCUCGGGGCAUUUGUUGCCGUCACUGGCACCUACACUUCUUUGUUGGACAUUAUAGGCACUUUCUAAGCUAGAUCAAGUUUUCUGUAGAGAAUGUAAUACUAUAGAAACAAGCAGAGUGAUCUGAACGUACUCUAAGCUAGUAUAAUUCAGGUGAAGGUCACGCCAAAUUUUGAGAACACGUUGGCUAGCGAAAACAAAUUGAAUCUUGUUUUACGUA